GUUGCUUGGAUUGGAUGGAUCCCACUAAAGAUCACUUGAUUUGUUUGGAGGGAAAAUGCCUUAAUGGGGAUGCUCAAUGUGAUCGCUUGGGGACAAUAACACUCAAAAUAUGAGAUUGUCUUUAGUUUAGUGCAUUAUUGGAUGAUUUUGAAGGCUAGAAACGUAUCUGGAACUAAAAACAUAUCACAAUGCUUAUGAAUUUAAUUGGAUAAAAAAUAAGUUUACAUUUAAUUGGAUAAAAAAUAGGUUUAUAUUAUUGGGGUGUAUAUAUAUAUAUAUUUUGUUUUGCCGGCUGUUUAAAAAAAAAUAAACAUUACUCCUUGAAUUUUUAAACUAAAUAUAUUCUCUUAAAAAAAAUUUCUUAGGUGGUCAAAGUCUCAAAGACCCGAAGCGAUCUCUUCUUGCAUUAUCCAAUUUCUAGACUCUGCUACACUCUGCUGCUCAAACUCAUCGAAAAGGGUUACUAUUAGGGUUACGAUUUGUCCGAUAAUGGCGUUCGCAAACUAUUCAUCAUUUGUUCAUAUCGAAACAUCAUCAAAACAUUCUAUACUAACUUCUUCUUUUGCAAUUUCUCCAAAAUCAUCAUUAUCAACAUCUUCCUUAUUUUCAUCUCAUUCCCGCAACCGUGAAUCACGAAGGCUUUCGAGUUUUCCGGAUAUCCUAAGAAUUCGUCGAACAGUUGCAGUCAAACCACAAGCUUCUGGGGCCAAUUCAGUUGCUGAGGCCUUUUCUGAAUUCAAACACCUUCUUCUUCCAAUAACAGAUAGGAAUCCUUAUCUCUCUGAAGGAACUAGACAGGCUGCAGCAACUACAGCUGCUUUGGCCAAGAAAUAUGGUGCUGACAUAACUGUUGUGGUCAUUGACGAAAAGCUGAAAGAAUCAUUACCUGAACACGACACUCAACUUUCAAGCAUCCGUUGGCAUUUGUCUGAAGGGGGGUUCCAAGAAUUCAAGCUUUUAGAGAGACUUGGGGAAGGAAGCAAGCCAACUGCAAUUAUAGGUGAAAUUGCAGAUGAUAUGAAUUUAGAUUUGGUUAUUAUGAGUAUGGAAGCCAUCCAUUCAAAGCAUGUAGAUGCAAACUUGCUAGCUGAGUUUAUUCCUUGCCCUGUUAUUCUUCUGCCAUUGUAACUCUUUUUGGUUAUUGUUUAAUGUGGGGUGGGUCUUUUUGUAGAACAUCUGUUAUAUUUCAGUUUUAUUAAUCUUUUUCUUUAAUAGUAAAUAUA